AUUCAUUGAAGAACAAGUGUGUGCGUAAGAUAGUUCUUGAAAAAUCAAUAUAUUGCGCGGCGGAAAGAAAGGCGACCAAUUAUAUUGCAGAUAUUUGUCCAGACGGCAGGACUUUCACAGCGUCAUCCUUAAUAUGUAAGGAGCAACUAAAGAGGGCGCUCGCAUUUGAACAUAUUGUAUGAGUAAACCCCCAUCCAUUCAAGGACUGACCAUGGCUUCGGAAGUGUCCAGCAGCCAGGCGGUCCUGUUUUUUGAGCAACUUCGGCGUUUGAACGAGGUGAUGGAAAACGAGAUACCCAUCCAUGGCCGAGGUAACUUUCCUACACUUGAUAUCAAGUUGAAAGAUCUCGUAAAAAUGGUGCGGGACAAACUUAAAGCUGAUGGAGUUCAUAUCAGGGAUAUCCGUCUGAACGGAGGUGCUGCUAGUUACGUGAUCGGGAGAUCUGAGAACGGUCAAAUAUACAGCGAUUUGGAUCUGAUAUUUGGUGUCGACAUGGGGACGACGAACGACAUGCAGAAAACUAAACAUGCGGUUUUGGACUGUCUGUUGGAUUUCUUGCCAGAGGGUGUGAAUAAAGAGAAGAUGAGUACUUGUAGUCUAAAAGAGGCUUAUGUUCAGAAAAUGGUGAAAGUGUGCAAUCAUUCCGACCGCUGGAGUUUGAUAUCAUUAUCAAACAACAAGGGCAAGAAUGUUGAGCUCAAAUUCGUAGACACUAUGAAAAGACAGUACGAGUUCAGUGUAGAUUCAUUCCAGAUAUAUUUGGAUAGUCUGCUCAAAUUCUACGAGAUCUCAUCCACGUCAGGGGAGGAGGUUGGCAUGAGUGAGAAUUUCUACCCAACAGUCAUUGCAGAGAGUGUGUAUGGUAACUUCAAUGAAGCUUUGUACCACUUAAACAAGAAGCUCAUUGCUACCAAUAAGCCCGAGGAGAUCCGUGGUGGGGGCCUGAUGAAGUAUUGCUUUCUUCAAGUUCGAGGUUAUAGACCUGCAAAAAUGGAAGAAGUUGGUGCCAUGCAGCGGUAUAUGUGUUCACGAUUUUUUAUUGAUUUCAGUGACAUAACCCAACAAGAACAGAAACUAGCAAACUAUUUGACCAAUCACUUCAAUGGAGAUGAUACAAUGCAGUAUGAAUACUUGCAAAAAUUGUAUAAAGUCAUUGAUGAAAGUACUAUUUGCUUGAUGGGUCAUGAACGUCGGCAGACCUUGAACCUUAUUCAGCAAAUGGCAUACGAAGUGCUGGUGAAUCAAGAACGCAAGGCGCGGAACAAGCACAUUCAGAUGCAGCAGUUUGAUAUGCAGAAUGAUCUGAUAGUUGACCAAGUAUUCUAUGGACCAUACACAAACUACUAUGGCUACAAUAACUAUGUUCCCUCACAGUCCUCAUUUCCUGUGAUGUGCCCGGCUUGCAGUCAGCAUGUGCCAUGCUAGUCAGACUUGUAAUAUUGACUGGACUCUUCUAAUUAUUGAUUUUUUUUUUAAUUAUAAAAAAAAAUUGUUUGUGGAAUGGCCCAAACUGGGGAACGUUUUGUUUAUUUUAUUUAUUUAUAUUUACAUUGUAUUGUCCAAGAAUCAGCAAUUAGGGGAAAAGCAAUUGUGUUCAUUUUCACAAAGCAAAAAAGUUCCAAAAUAGAAUAAUCCUUGCCAAGAACAGGCUGCUGAUGGGACGGUAUUAAUAUUCUAGUCAGAAAUUAAGGCAGAGAUGGAAAAUAGACACAUUUAUGGCAAAUUAACCCUUUGCAACCUAUAUCAGAAAUCUGACCUGCACAUAGCACAUUCAUGGACAGUAUGUUCUAUUACUGUGGCAGUCUCUUAAAACAUUCUCAGGUAUUCUUUUUGCUGUUAUAGGUUGCAAGGGGACUUAUUUUUUAUGUGUGUAAUUUGGAGGCAGCUUAAAAUAUACAAGUGAAAUAUUGAAAUAGUAUGGGUAAAUACUGUGUUGUCUCGUCGUUACCAUUUUUGUGAAGUACUUGCAACAGGUAGCUGCUGAUAGUUGUCAUAUAUAUCAAUGCCAAAGACAGUUGUCCAGUAUUUUUAAACUUUGUUGAUCAGCAAAGAAAUAAGUUUUGGACAGUAACCGAUGUAUGAUUAGACAGUAAGUCUAUACCCAAAAAAGGUUGAGUUAGUAAAAAAUUUAAGCAAUAUUUUGAAGCAUAUUUUGUAGAGCAGGCAUGCAAGGUGUAUAUUAUUAUUCAUAUGUAAGCUAUAGAUUAAAGGCACUUUUUUUGUAUAUUCAGUGUGUAUAUAACUGAAAUUUAGUAUGCUAAUGGAUCAUUUGUGCCCAUGAUUUCAAGUUGGAAGAUGUCUUUUUUGUAUGUGUGAACAAGACUUGAUGCCAAUAAGGUUCACAUGUAAUUUUUGUUGUAUUCAUCUUCACAAAAUGUGCAGGAGUAAAUCAUUGUUGAAGAAGCUAGUCAAAGCUAUUUGUUUUUGUUGCACGUCAACAGAAUGUGUAUGCCAUGUAUGCAGACAUUGCUAAACUGUGAUAUUUUUAUCAAAUUUCCACUUGGGUAGGUGGCCAGUAAAUUUUACUGUCAGAUACAUUGAUUGAUUGACUGAAGGGCAAAAACGUUAAGAGAUGUGUUAUUAUUGCAUUUAAUUUCCCAUGCAGGGAUAAAGUUGUUGUAAGAUAUCACCAUGUUAGUCCAGCAACAUAUCAAAAGCAUUCUGCCAUUUGCCCCUGUGGUGUCCGUAGAAGAAGUGGGAAGUUGCGACUGUGUUCCCAUAUUAAUGGGGCAAAAGACACCUGUUUUGAUGAUUUUUUUUUAAAAAAAGGUACAGAAGACCAAGAAGGUCUGAUAUUAAGCCAAUAGCAUAUUUGUAUUCAUUUGAAUACUGCAAUUUUGAGAAAGUAUCAAUUUGUGGUUGAACAGAGCAAUGUAUUUUCAAAUCUUAUAUACAUACAAUAAAAUCUAUUUUACAGUA